UUUUCACCACACGCCGUUAAUUCAAUGUUGUUCUUCUUUUUGUGUUCAAUAGGUUUAUAAAAAUUGAGAUGAAUUUCAAUUUUCCUCUUUAGUUGUUAGCGAUAAUUUCAGUUGUAUUUUUAUUUAUUUGGAGAAAUAUGGCUUCAAUUUCUUCUACUCCAAGGACUGUAGAAGAGAUCUUCAAAGAUUAUAGUGCUCGUCGUGCUGGGAUACUUCGUGCUUUAACUUAUGACGUGGAAGAGUUUUCUAAUAUGUGUGAUCCAGCCGAGGGCUUACCGGGAACAACCUCUCUAUCUUCACGAGGCUGUGUGACUUCCACUUGUGGGAUCACAUCGAGAUGUUGUACGAACAGUUAUCUAGAAAAGGAAAAUUUGUGUCUGUAUGGACAUCCAAAUGAAACAUGGGAAGUCAAUCUUCCAGCUGACGAAGUUCCACCUGAACUCCCAGAGCCAGCUCUUGGGAUAAAUUUUGCAAGGGAUGGGAUGAAUCGUAUAGAUUGGCUUUCAUUGGUUGCUGUGCAUAGUGAUUGUUGGUUGCUUUCUGUGGCUUACUUUUUUGGAGCUCGUCUUAACAAAAAUGAAAGGAAGCGUCUGCACAGUUUGAUCAACGAUUUGCCCACUGUGUUUGAAGUCAUAGCAGAAAGAAGGCCCAUAAAAGACAAGCCUAGUGCAGAUAAUGGGAGCAAAUCCCGUGGUAGUAUACAGAGGACAAGUGAUGUCCAGUCUAAAAGCACUGGAAAGCUGGCAGAUGAAAGUUGCGACGAGGAUGAAGAAGAACAUGGUGAAACACUAUGCGGAUGCUGUGAUGGGCAUUACAAUGCUGAUGAAUUUUGGAUUGGUUGUGAUAUAUGCGAGAAAUGGUUCCAUGGUAAGUGCGUGAAGAUAACACCUGCUAAAGCUGAGGGUAUAAAGCAGUAUAAAUGCCCUGCAUGUAACUUGAAGCGGCACAGACCAUAGUUCCCUCAUAUGCUUUGGCAACUAACAAAAUAGAUAGUACAGCAUUAUGUAAUGGGGAUCCUAAUGGUAACGACUUCGCCAUGACCCGUAGAUCCAUUUUCGAUGUCCAAUAUAUAGAAAGUUUGUUAAAUUUUUCUUGAUCUAUUUAUAUGGUUAUAGACCCUUGUUAGCUUGUUGAUUGCCAUUGAUUUUAGAUUUCUUCACCAAAAUGAUGUAAACUGUAAAGUAGAAAGCAAAACAUCAAGUUUAGGAAGUUUGAGAGCUCUUUUAGUUGUUUCUAAAAUUGCCUAUUAUUUUCACAAACAACUUCUCAUA